UUUCUCGACAAAUCAAGGCCAAAACCUCACCUCACCGCUUGUGGCGACGUUGCCCUAAGAGACUACUUUCACAAUCUCCCGCCGUAUUAAAAAGUUUUGUGCUUAGAGCGCUUAGUGGCAAAGAGGGAGAAUGGGGAGCCGUACUAAUGGCGUCGCAGGCGGUAGCAUCAACGGACCGGUGGAUAAAGGAGCUGACUUUGCCAAUUACUUCUGCACUUAUGCUUUUCUGUACCACCAGAAAGAGAUGCUCAAUGAUCGAGUCCGCAUGGACGCUUAUUACAAUGCUGUUUUUAAGAACAAGCAUCAUUUCCAAGGAAAGACUGUGUUGGAUGUAGGAACCGGAAGCGGCAUUCUUGCCAUCUGGUCUGCCCAGGCUGGUGCAAGGAAGGUCUAUGCUGUUGAAGCAACUAAGAUGUCAGAGCAUGCCCGGACUCUUGUCCAGGCUAACAAUCUUCAAGACGUUGUUGAAGUAAUUGAGGGCUCUAUGGAAGAAGUUGUUUUGCCGGAGAAAGUUGAUGUGAUUAUCUCCGAGUGGAUGGGCUACUUUCUCCUGCGUGAAUCUAUGUUUGAUUCUGUGAUCUGUGCUCGAGAUCGUUGGCUGAAACCAACUGGAGUCAUGUAUCCUAGCCAUGCACGCAUGUGGGUAGCACCUAUCCGAUCUGGAUUGGUGGAUCAAAAGAAAAUUGAUUAUGAAGGAGCAAUGGAUGAUUGGUAUGGGUUUUUGGAAGAUACGAAGGAUUACUAUGGUGUUGAUAUGAGUGUUUUGACAAAACCUUUCUCUGUAGAGCAGGAGAAAUAUUAUCUGCAGACAUCAUUAUGGAACAACCUCCAUCCAGACCAAGUUAUUGGGACACCGGCUGUUAUAAAGGUGAUUGAUUGUUUAACUGCUUCUGUAAAUGACAUCCUUCAACUCGAAUCAAGUUUCUCAUCAGCUAUCAGUAUGGUGCCCACUCGCUUCUGUGGAUUUGCAGGAUGGUUCGAUGUGCAUUUCCGAGGAAGAACGGAGGAUCCUGCUCAACAAGAGAUUGAGUUAACAACUGCUCCUAGUCCAAAUAAUGGCACUCAUUGGGGACAACAGGUUUUUUUCUUUCAUCCUCCUCUUCAUGUUGAUGAAGAGACCAACCUCAAUGUUUCUUUCUCAAUGAUCCGUUCCAAGGAAAACCAUAGAUUAAUGGAGGUUGAGUUUGAUGUGAAGAUCAGCAAACCUUCCGAUAAAGUACUUCCUCCAAUUAAUAAGAAGUUCUACAUAGAAUGAGAACAUCACUGAAUUGAUGAUUUCAACACAAUGUAAGUGUUUGCAUGCGAGGGCGCGACUUUGGUAUGUCUAGUAAUGCGGAGUGCUGACUAUAUAUGGUUCUCCAAAUUCCCUUAUAUUGAAUAUCAGGAGCACUUUGAUUUAUCGUUUUGCUGUUUGAAUAUUUUGAGUAGUCCCGUUGCGAAUUUAAGCCUUGUAUCUAGUUUUAGAGAGUGUAGUAAGUCGGCUUUAUUUCUGCAGUUGCAUUUUAAAACUUGGAUUCUGGUUUGCAUGCCUUCAAUGUUGGUAUGCAGCAGGUAUGCGCUGGAUUAACGGCUGAAAUUCCUUUUCUUUUCCCUUUUUAACCAGGAUUUUCAUACAGGUUAUGGAAAACUAAUAUAUUAUUGUUUCU